GUCCCCACCGCCCGCCCCGCGCGCACCCACACCUCACGCCGCCACCACCACCACGCACCGGGCCAGUCGCUAGCGUGGUGCCCCUCAGUGAACACAACCUCUCUCAGUGUCAAGUGCCCAGUGAGUGCCGGUGGCCUUACCGUGCCAGUGACUAACACCCUGGAUCCUUGCCCACUACUGUACAAGCUUACUCCUUCAGCAGGAUUACUCACGCCUGUCCUCCCGUGUUAGUGGAGGAACCUGUACACACUAUAUAUGAUGAUAUAUUACAAUAUAUUUUGAUAGUGUUUUUCGUAUUUCGCUACCCAAAGUACUUUCCAAAUAGUUAUAAGAAAUUAUCAAAGAAAUCUUCCGUGAAAUUUAGGAAGUAUUUUGUAUGUGUCAUUGGUUCCCUCUUAAUAUGUGGAUAGAUAAGAGGAUAUUGAGUGGUUCAUGUCAGUAAAGUGAACCAAAUUUGCCUGCCCGUGUGAGAUCCCAGCUCGCUUGUGAUAAGUGUGAGGGAAACUGAGAAGUCACAGUAGGAGUUACUGUGCUCUGGAAAAUUAUAAAACGAGAGAAAAAAAAAAUUGAAGUGCGUCUUAAAAUUUCCUAAAAGUGUAAAUAAAAGUGACGUAUAUAUAUUCUUAAGUCAAUGGCAAUACCCACAAGUGCUUUUUUUUAAGUGUUUACAAGUAAGUGGUGCUCAAAAGUGGCCCAGAAAGUAGGUCAUAAGUUGAUCUCCAAAGUGGCUCCCAUCAGUGGCCUGCAAUACCCUCCUGAGCAGCCCGCCACCGUGGCUCGGGAUCGAGGCCUCGCAGUGGACUCAAUAAGUGUAUCCGUCGUGAGUCGGAUUCGUGGGACGGUGUGUGUUGUUAGUGCACGGAGAUAAUAUCUGAAAGGGGAGGGAGACUCCUUGUCAUGCACAUCAGGAAAUGCCAUGCAAUUUUGAGGAACACGCUUUUGUAAUCUCCCCAAGAACCCAGCGGUGCCCUCGACCCCACUGCGAAUGUGAAGGAUGGAAGUCGUACGUGAGGUGUCACAGCUGCUUCCCAUGCACGACAAAACGGUUGGUUGCGAGCUGGCCGGCGGUCUGCCUGACGCCGCCCCCCAACACAGCACCGUGGCUGCCAACUCGGCCCCCCUGGCGGCCUACCCGCCCGCCCCAGAUAUGUCCCACAUGGCCUCCUACUACAACGCCUAUCCGGACUACCGGCCGCCCCACCCGCCCGAUGAAUAUCCGGGCGCGCCGGGCGGCCAGGGCGGAGGCGGGGCCGGCGGGGGUCACUGCGGCCAGGAGUACGACCCCCGAAUGCCCCCGACGCACCCGUACUACACCCAACAAGGCUACCCGCGCUACCCGCCCUACGACAGACUCAUGAACACUUAUUACAACGCGCAGACACCUCAGCACCCGCACACUCCGCACGGCAUGCAGCCCCACGAGGCCCAUGAUUAUCGCGACCCCUCGCCGGCCGCGCCCACCUGCAUGGGCCAGCAGGCCUCCCCGCCUGUGCAGCAGUACUCCUCCUGCAAAAUGGCGGGGCAGGGGCCUCCUCAGCAACCUCAGCAGCCACAGCAACAGCAGGCACAGCAACAACCCCAGGGGAUGGACCCCAAUGGCGGCCCCCCCCAGGAUACCUCCCUCCACAUGGCCGCCCAGGACCACCAGGGCUGGCCGGCACAACAGCAGCCACAACAACAACAAAACGCCUCCUCUGCUCUCCCGUCUCCCCUCUACCCAUGGAUGAGAAGUCAAUUUGAGCGGAAGCGUGGGCGACAGACUUACACGCGGUACCAAACGCUCGAGCUAGAAAAGGAAUUCCACUUCAACCGCUACCUGACGCGGCGGCGGAGGAUAGAGAUCGCCCAUGCCCUCUGCCUCACCGAGCGACAGAUCAAAAUAUGGUUCCAGAAUCGAAGGAUGAAAUGGAAGAAAGAGAACAAGAGCAAAGUGGAGAAUGGGAACAGCCUUUCAGAAACGCCGACCCCCACGUCCCCCUCGCAGUGACCUAUGUGCUGUGGCUCGGGUUGCCAAAUAAUGACCUAGAGUAUACUAGGGUGUGCAAAGUGCCAGUGAAGAGUGUGUGACCCAUUUUAUACUGGAUAAUUAAGUGCUAUUUUACAUAGUUUACGUGUACGUGCUCCUUAUGUACAGUGCAUCUCCAAAUAUUGGCAAAUGUUCUACUGAAUAAACCAGUGACUCUCUGUAAGCCGCGGUGGCGUCCCGUGAAGGCGUCAUAGUGUAAAGUGUAUUCUGUGUUAUAUUGGUGUUCAAGCCGGGAAACAGCCUACCAGUGCCAGUACCAAGAAGAUAUAAAAAAAAAAGGGGGCUUCGGUAGCCGGGUGCAGCAGUGACGUGGCACUCUCCUAUUGGUGUAAAUCUUUUUUGAGUUAGCAGUGACUUCAAAAUUUACAACCACCGUUUGACAGUACCCUCAUCAGCAAAGACUACAAUCAUUCCAAGAUCCAGAUGAGUAAACUUUUCUUUUCGUAAAUUCCUUUUUGACAAACAGCCUGUAAGCCCCCCCUCCCUUCCACCACCAACACCGCCAACUACUACCACGACCACCACCACCACCAUCACAACCACCCCAGCUCCCCCGCCAACCUGUCAGGCGCCAGACCCCUCGCUAGCCACUACCAAAAACUUAAGGAGAAUCUAGCUGUUUAAAGUCGACGUAACGUUUCCAGUUGCUUCUCCUACUCUGGUAUUGUUUGUAUAAAAUAAGAGUUUCGAUACAAAAUUGUAAUGUUUCCCUACUAGGAACAACCCAGUAUAUCUUAUAUAUGCUAGAUUGUAGCGGAGGUGAAACUUAAAACUAGAUGUUAUUGACUACUACUACUACUAGUAUACCACACAGGUUACAAAUGAUCAGAGGAAAUGGUUCUUUUCUUUUUUUUUCUUUUUUUUUUAUUUAGCGAGGUGAUCCAAUGACAUGGAUGGACCACCUAUGUAGUGCGUAGUACGGUGAUGGUUCGACUGAAGAGACGGUGUGUGUCUCGUGAGCGCAUGCCCUUUCAUCCAGUCGAAUCAUUGAUUUAUAUAUAAAAAUGAAAUUCAGGUGGCCCCCUACAGAAAAGAUGGUUUCCAAGACAACUCUGGCCCAUCUCUGUAGAAACUUUACACGAAACACCAGAACAAACCAGGUCCGUCAGUGUGGGUGUACUCUCUACACAGAUGGCCCAUCUUCGGAGUCGGUCCCUCGAUCCAGAUGCUCGCUCUCCGGGAGGAAUAGUUGUAUGGGCAAACCUGAAACCAGUCCAUAUCACACCAAGUAUCCACAUCUCUCGUGCUCAAUGAUAUUUUGUAACUUUUGUCCUUCGUUUGGGUGUAUCGUCACCCUGUUGUUUAGAAUUGCUGCGUCGGUCAAGCGCCAGAAGUUGUUGCCCAUACACUGCUAUUCUACCGACCGCGCGUUGAGGCUUGUGAAGGACGGGUACUAAAAGAGACUCAACUCUGGAAGGCUGCGGUGCUGUGAGACCCGCGAGGAAGCCUUAUGAACUAGACAUAAAGUGUCCCUGUCAUGUAUACUGUUGCCACCUUAAGGGACCCAAUAACUUCUUUCUUAGUGGGGACAUAGGACCUGAUGUUUGAUGCCCAUCCGUCACUCCCUAUGAUGGAUGCUGGAAUUAAUCACCAUCCAUGUGUUCAGCAUCUGCCUUCCCCUCCCCCUCUCUGUCUCCCACUUUGUCUCCUUCUCAAUGACCUCCACUUUCCUUCACCUCCUUUCCUUCCUUGUGCUCCUCCACUCCCCAAUACCGACGCCAAAUCAUCUAUUUCCAUCCAGUAUAUUUUUUAAAAUGAGUUUGUACUCGAAAACUGUACCUUCCAAAGCUGAGUCUACAUAAUUUAUAUAGUUAGAAUGUAGAAUGAACCAGGUCUGGACGGUGGGGUAUCUUCUUGUUGUGGUUCCGGGGUGGAGAGAACUCACAUCCUCUGGCGGCACUUGGGAGGAACUAAAACAUUAAUCAUAUUACCAAACGUGGAGAAACUUUACUUAUUUGCGCAUCAGUAAGCUCACGUCCGCUAUUCGGUUAAGCGUCGUCAGGGUCAUCUAUUGUUUGUUGCUUAUCUGCAUCACGUGCCAGCCUCCCAGGUGGUGCCGAGGGUUGUGGAUGAGACUGGACUCCGCAGGUAAAGAAAGAGACAGAAGGGAAUAGCGAAGCGAAAAAAAAGUUAACGCUGAUUUUCAGAGUUUCAACUUUACGUAUCGUUCAUUGAGUUAAAAUCCUCUUCACUGCUAAAAGGAGUUUGUCCGUCUCUACAACAUCCUCGUUUUCGAACCCUCAGUUAUUUUAGAAUUUACUUCUUGGAGAAAUGGAGAAAAGCAAAAAGAUAAAAGGACAAGAGAAUAUCGGCAUCAUCUAAUAUAAUAAUGUGAAGAAAAAUCAAGUGUUUUAUGGUCUCCUGUCCGGGCGGAAGUAGAGUGUAACCAUCUGGCUUUACUGUGCAUGUUGGGAAAGGUUUAGUUUCCCACGACGAACACACAAAAAGUUCUUAAACUGCACAGAAUAUUCAACAGACGGGUGUUAGGUCCGUGCAAUAGGAGUAUACUCUUUUGUAAACUUUAAGGCAGAGUAACUUAGGAUUAUUUUUAGGAAUGCUCCAUUUUUUUCCCUCCUCCGAUCCGUUGUUGCCCUUCAGGGGUCCCCUUUAGGAGUGUCAGCAAGCGACCAGGUGCGGGGUUCUUCCUGAGUUGUUCUGCCACACCUCCAGGAGUCUGUCCUUAAUACCUUCCUGGAGGAUGUCUUGUCUUCUUUUCAUAUAGAUAUAUAUACAUAUAUCAUCACUUUUAAAGUAGGGACUUCAUAAUUGAGUGGUCUGAAAAGAAGGUCAGACCUCGUCCAACUACCAUUGGCUCAUACAAACAACAGCAAAAAGUGUACAAUUAAUUGUAAAUUAAUGUGGGGAGAGAGAUCACAGUUCUAUUUUUUCAAGGCGUUGCAUAUUCACUCACCCCAGCCUAAUGCAUACAGUGGAGGAACUAUUUUGGACAAAGCCAUUUUUUUCACCUGCGAGAAACACUGUGGAGGUGUUUCGUAAUGUAUACGAUCUAUAGUUCGGCAUAUUCUCAUCUCUGGAUUGGCUUUGAGAAUUGUUUGUAUAAUGUCUGGUAGGUCUGGUAUCUUGGUGUCUUGUCGUAGUGCGUGUUGACAUGGAGGAGAUUUGAGAGAACAACAAAAAAUCAUAACCAACCAUCACAACCGAGAGCAUGACAGAAGUAAAUUCAGGGAUUAGCUGCACGAACACUGUACCAAACCAACUUGUUCCUUUGUCGUAAGGCCACCGAUUAUGACCCAGACUUGCAGGUACCUGAGAGGAUCCCGCCCCUCCCUCUCGGGGUGGUGCGUGACCCUCCCCGGUGCCGGCUGCUUCUUCAGUCCACUGUCGCUGGUAUUGACAUUUCUUGCCUGUUAUUUGUUUUAGUUUUGCAAAAAAAAAAAAAAAAAAUAACAUAAAUAAAUAAAUUGCUCAUAAAGUAAGUGUCGCAGAACGCCAUUGCAAAUAAAACCAACAUCCCACCUGCAAAAUUAAUUACUUAUAACUCCUUCCUGUGUUUACAUUUCGGUUAUGUCCCCCUUUUGCACUGCAUCUGAAAGCCAAUCAAUCGCCAUUCAUCACAAAAGCUAGCAGAGAAAAAAAUAUCACAAGCAAAAAAAAAAAACCCAACGCAUCAGCCAUGAUCACGACGCGUUUUUGCGAGCAGCCAAACAAUGAUGUACCUAAGUUAGCAUGUGGAUCUCGUUCGACUCUCUCUGUACGUAACUGCAGCUGCUAAUGUUAAUGAUAUUAAUAUUGUGACCCUCUAUUUCUCACUUCUGUCUUCAUAUGUAUUGAUCUUGGUAAUGUAGAGGUAGUGAGUGAUCUGUCUCUCGGUAUAGUAUCUUGUGUGGGCAUGUUGUAAGUAAGGUAUAUAUGUUAGUGUAUUUAAAGUGAACUGGGACAUAGGCCCUUCUCGCCGCAAACUAUCGAAUGACAGCCAGCCGGUUGACCGUCGUGGGAAUUAUUAUCACCUGUAACUGUUAUUAUAAUUAUCACCUUUAUUUUUCCUACUGUUAUUAUUUUUACGAGUACCAUUACUAUUAUUUCUAUUUCCUCUCAUAACGUUGAUCAUCAUCCUCUGUUCUAGUGUCAUAUGAUGCUUCUAACAUUAAUUUAUAUUCGUAUACUUUAUUUCUCUUAGAAUAUUUUCCGAGGAUUUUCCUCAUAGUAAUAAUGAAUGAAACUCAGUGUUACUUUACCCAACUCCGUGUAUACGAGCCGUGUAUACUAUACUUAUCUUACCCAACCAACGAAAGCCUGUAGCCAGUGUUAUUGACAUGUGUAGUGUUAUAUAGAAGUGUGACUGAAAUUUAGGUUUAAUCAAAGCCUAGAGUAUUAUCAACAGUCGGGUAUCUUCAUACUUUACUGAACAAAGUGUUUAUUGUUACAGAAAUCUAUGGUAUACCCAGGCACUGUUGCUUUGUCAACUCAUUAGUUGUAAGUCUCAUACAAACACUUAAAGAAGAAAAUAUCGAGGAUUUCAUUUUAUUAUAGUUUAUUUUUCUGUCGUUUGCUUUAAUUAUCAAGAAGUUUCUAUUUAAUUUAUUUGUUCCCAUGAAACAUGAUGUAUUCCUACAUGUAUCCAUUAAUUAAGCUGAUAACCUAAAGUACAUACGGACUGUAUCCAAUUAAAGCGUGGAACCUGAUGACUAGUGUAAAGCAGCCAUUUCUUGGAUUUAGUGGAGCAAUUGUGUUGUACCCUGAUAAUAGUUUUAAUAUUGAUAGGUGUUCUAUAUUUUGUAACCAUGUACACAAAGGUGAGGAGAUAUACGUAACUCUAUACCAAGCAGUAUCAGAACCAAAUAGACGCUUGUAAGUAAUGCAUAGCGCUUUCUGGCUUUCUUACCGUGUCUGUUUACGACGGCCGUCUCUACAUUAGUUGUUAUUGAGACAUGUGCAAUUUACCCUGGGGUAUUUUCACUGUGGGGUUCUUCUCUCUUUUUUUCGCGAGUCACCGAAACGGACCUCAAAAUAUUCCCCAUCAAGCCCCAUUAUUGCCCCAUCUCCCUGUCCCGCCAUCGUCCCCUCGAGGAUAUUGCUGUCACUCACACGGUUUGGCGCUUCGCUCGAACCUUCAAAUGCAUCAUGAUAUGGCAAUAACAACCAAUGUAUCGUAACUUAUUUCCAAUCGUAAUUAUUAUUACUGUACAUUUUACACAUUUUAAAUGCCGCGGCAGCUUUUUUUAUUUAAUUUUACUUGACUAGUGACCUUUUUAUGUUAUCAUUUUUACUUAUUAUUAAUUUCAUUUAGUCCAAGGCAAUAGUUGGUCAACGUAGAGAACAUUGUGACUCAAUUGUGGCUUCCCUGGUAGUUAAGAGGGAACUUUCAUUGUUUUCUCCAUUUUGUUAUUUUCUCUCUGUAUUUUACUUAUGACUGUAAGGUAAAUUGAUAUCCGGCUGUUAUCUCUGCACAGACGUGAGGUGGCCCAGUGGUGUGGCUCAUCCACUUGCCGCCACACACCUCGGUCCAUAACCUAAGCCAGAUCUGCGUCUUUUUUUACCCUUGUGCUCGCUAGUUACCACACAGUUCCAAGUCCAGAGAGAAAACAAGAUCUGCUUUACGACCUGUCUACUCAUUAGGGGUUCUGGGUCCUGUGUUCGCCAUCAAGAACUGAUAGUAUACCAACUAGGGAAGCCAGAUUGGAUUAUAAUUUCAAGGAGAUUUUUUAUAACAUGUAAAGCCUCGCUUACUUCUGAGUGUAAAUAUUCUUUUUUUUUCUAAUUACAGCAGAAGCUCUUAAGGAUAAACAAAGCAAUUCAUGUUCAAGAGGUUAACAAGUUCAGAUGUUUCCUAUCAGCAGAACAUUGUAUUUGAACUAUUGUAUUGAUGACUGGACAAGUAUGUUUAUGUUCGUGUGCCACUCAACAUGUGUCUGUAAAUAGAGAACAACUUCGCAAUACAAACUUUAAUGAAUA